GAUUCCACUUGGGAAUUUAGCUACUUGAUCAACUUAGGGGUCUUUUUUGUUUGUUUGUUUGGGGGGCUUGGGUUUAGGGAAUCCGAGAAUGGCGGAAUCAUCAGAGGGAGAAGAGGAAGGGAAGCUGACAGUAGGGAACCAAGUGCUGUUGGUGGAAGACGAUCUCCGAGAAAUGGGCAAGAACGCCGCCUGGAGCGUCAGCUCCUGGAAAUCCGGCAACGGCGUGUCGUAUCUCCGCGACGACAAUCUCGACACUUACUGGCAAUCCGACGGUGCUCAGCCUCAUUCGGUCAACAUUCAGUUCCAGAAGAAAGUGAAGCUCCAACUUGUUGUUCUGUACGUGGAUUUCAAGCUUGAUGAGAGCUAUACGCCAUCUAAGAUAUCCAUUCGUGCUGGGGAUGGCUUCCACAACUUGAAGGACAUAAAAAGUGUUGAGCUCGAUAAGCCGAGGGGGUGGAUUCAUAUAUCAUUGUCUGGAAAUGAUGCAAGGGAAACUUUUGUCAACACGUUUAUGCUGCAAAUCUCUGUGUUAUCAAAUCAUCUUAAUGGGAGGGACACACAUGUGCGCCAGAUCAAACUCUAUGGCCCUAGACCGAACCCUAUUCCGCAUCAGCCAUUUCAGUUCACUUCAAGGGAGUUCAUUACCCAUGCUUCCAUCAGGUGAGAAAUGCGGCCCAGCAUGCAAAGGGAUGGAAAGAUUGGACCUUGAGUUUCAACUUAGAAUCCUAAUCUAGUCCAAACACAGCCGAGAAGUUUUUCUUUGUAAUAUAUUUGCAUGUUCACUGGUAAAAAUAAUGUUAUUUGAUCUAUUCAUUGAAUGGUUUCAAGUUUCAAUUGAGCUCUGUUA